CCAAACACCAAAACACGUCUAUAAAUCAAACGGGCUCAAACCCCUCUCUCUCAGACUGUCUGUCUCUCUGGACAUCACACUCUUCGUGCUCUCCGCCCCCCUCUGGCUUAAAUUUCUGAGCUCCCAGAUCUGUUUCAUUUGAUCUUCCAAUGGCUGCUGUUACAGGACCGUCAACUUCCAUCGUCUCUUCCUCAUGCUCUCUCAAGCAAAACCAGGCACUUAACCGGGUCUCAAAUUUGAACUCGGUUUCGCUUUCUGGUAAUGGGAAACGCUUUCCAUCCCUGAAGUCAAGGCCCAAGCCACUUCACUUUCGGGUUUUUGCCUGCACGGCCAAGCCAGAGACCGUGGACAAAGUGUGUCAAAUUGUGAAGAAACAGCUUGCACUCCCUCAUGACUCUGCCAUCUCUGGGGAGUCAAAAUUUGCAGCACUUGGGGCUGAUUCUCUUGACACGGUCGAGAUUGUGAUGGGACUUGAGGAGGAAUUUGGGAUCUGUGUGGAAGAAGAAAGUGCCCAGACUAUUGCCACUGUUCAAGAUGCAGCAAAUCUUAUUGAGAAGCUCAUGGAGAAGAAGUGAGCAUAAACGUGGUCGAAGUGAAAAAAGAAAAGGACAAUGAACUUGAAUUUCCUAGGAAAGUUGUUUUAGUUUCAUAUUUACCAAAAUCCUCUGGUCCUUCACUUGUACGCUGUUCAUGGUGCGUCCAUAGUAGUAGUCUCGAAAUUGGCUGUGAUUUAUUUUUUUUCAUCCACUAGACCUUAUAUGCAUCUUUUUGUUUUGGUUUCUUUUGUCAGACUUCUACUGGAAUUUAUCGUGUUAAACUUAUGUAGUUGUUCUCCUUAGAGAUGCUCAAACUUCUUUGUUUCAACAAUCAGGGGUGGUGGUUGAAUCAACUUACGUGUACUUCGACUA